UGUGGAGAAUAUGGAGUAUGCAAUUUUACAGAGAAUUAUGUUGCAUAUACGCUUUCACUUGGCAUCAAACCUAAGUUGGUUUGAGGGCUCGCUGCCUGGCCGAGACGGAGACCCAUCUGCCUUUUUUUUUUUGUUAUAUAGAUUAAAGAAUAUCUUUUCAACGGGUGCUGGAAUUUAUUUAUAUGAAAAUUUUACUGCUACUUUUCAUUCUCAGGAAGCAUUAUUUGCCAAGCGACACGCUUUUUAGCGUUGGCAGGCCUGGGUUUUAGGUUCAACAUUCAACUUCAGUGCUAGCACCCCAAGAGUUAACAACAAUGAAACCGGACACCAAAGCAGCUCCACUUUUUUUCUACAUUUGACAUUUCCUGUGCAAAGAGAAGCAGAGACUGGCAGAACCAGGGACAAAACAGCAGACAAACUUCAAGAAGAAAAAGUAGGAACGCGGACUCUUGCGCAGCGAUGGAUCAGCCCCACGACACUCAGCUCUCCUCCCCCCUCAGACCCAGUGUGAGGGAAGAAGGGCCCGCUGUCACCAUCCACUUUGAGAAGGCCCAAAACCGAAUCCAGAAGUUCAGAGAAGGACAUCCUGGACCUCUGGGGGUAACUCAGAUUAUGCUUGGCCUGUUUAACUUUGGAUUCAUUAUCAUUUUGACAGUACAGUUCCAAAAGCCCUCUGAGGAUAUAUGGUUUCACAUUACAGCUGCAUUUCUGAUUACAGGUGACGUGCUUGAUUCUUCUCUUCAGGUGCUGAUCGCUGGGGCUUUGGCAAUAGCUUGUGAUAAAACCCUUCGUCUCCCUCUCAUCAAGGCUUGUCUUGGCAUGGAAGUUCUGGGAUCUGCUUACAUUUGUUUUAUUUUAUUUUUUUUUGGCUCAUUCACUGUGGUGAAUUACCCAGAUUAUCAAGCUUAUUGCGAGUACCACUUUGAGAAUGAGACACACAGCCAAGAAUUGAGACUGUGUCAGAAGUAUGAGAUAGUUAAGAAUUAUGUUGUUAUGGAGAUGGAUUUUGUGUUUCUUACGCAAGUUGCAGUCAGCAUAACCAUUGCUUCCUACUGCUGUAAAGCAGUCCAGUGCUGUGGUGCCCCCAGGAGCGUGCCCGUGAUUUCUGUCCAGCAACCUUCUCAGCAAGCAGAGGGCUAAGCGUCCUCCUGCAAUGCUGAACCUAAGAAGACAGCGGAAAUGGAGACUACAACUGAGCAAACAAACAUCCAGUUCCUAUGUAUUUUUUAUUAUAACCACCUAUACCAGUAUAUUCAUAUUCAAUGGAGUUAAAUAGAGCAGGAUGAUUCAUAAACAAUAUUAUCAUUGUAUUCCAACAUCCUGUAUCUAUAGUAUUUAGAGAGAGUGGUGAGGGGAUGGAAUGGGUUCCCUAGUCAUGUUGCUGAAGGAGACUCUUCUUCACACAGAGAGUGGU